CAGCCCGGAGCUCCACCCGCACCGGUCGCCACCGCUCGCUCACUCGCCCAGUCCAAGCCGCAGCCACCCGCCUCUGUCCUCGAGCUCCUCUAGCCUCUCCCCCCUCGACCUCCGAGAAACCGCCUUUCUCCCUCCAGCUCCAGCUCCACCGGCCAUGAAGCGGCUCCUGAGGCGGCUCUCCGGCACCGUGGCGGCGGCGGAGGACGGCGCCGGCCCGGCGGCGGCGCGCGGCCACCUGCGCCAGAAGAAGGGCAAGGGCGCGGCGUCGGCGUCUGCGGCGGUGGUGCCGGAGGGCCACGUCCCCGUGUGCGUCGGCGAGGAGGGCGGUCCCGUCGAGCGCUUCGCCGUGCGCGCCGAGCUGCUGGGCGAGCCGGCCUUCGCGGCGCUCCUCCGCCGCGCCGCGCAGGAGUACGGCUACGCCCACCCCGGCGCGCUCCGCAUCCCCUGCCCCGCCGCCGAGUUCCGCCGCCUCCUGCUCCGCCUCUCCGACGACAACCCCUCCUCCUCUUCCGCCGCCGCCACCACCUGCUAGCCGCGAUAUUACGGCUUUGCCAUGUCCGUUUUUACGGGUUUACCCCUGGGGUAGAAUGUACAGAGGCAGAGGCAGGGUCGAGGGCAGGACGGGGAUUUGCCUGCUGGUGCUCUUGAUUUUUUUUACCACUAGCUAGUAGCUAGUACUAGUAGCACUGUAGCGGUAGCUGCUUGAUGGUAGAACUACGGGUUUCCUUUUUUUUACCCCCUUCUAGUUCUAGGACUUCGCAGUGUGUUGUGCUAGAGAAUUCGGUGAAUUCGGCAUUAACCAUACAUGUAAUCCUCGAUUGAGGCUAGUUUCAUGUGAUAUUAUGGAGGUAGCGAAUUCUAUUUUUCUUUA